AUGAAAUAUUUCAGAGCUCCUGGAGCACGGGAACUUUCAGAGGACUGGAGAAAAACUGAUGUGGUUCCAAUCUUCAGAAAAGAUAAAGUGGAUCCAGGACAUUACAGACAGUUUGACAUCAAUACUUGGAAAAAUCCUGGAAAAGGUCAUCAAGGUCCCAUUUGCUCUAAUUCGGGCUACAAGAAGGCGGAUGAUGAGAUGUCCGGGGCCACGUCCUCUGCAGACCAGGGAGAGGCAGCAGCUCGCACCAUUUACUUGAAUGAACCUCAGCAGAGCAAGUUCCACGACAACUGGGUCAGCACAGCUAAAUACAGCGUGGUGACAUUUCUACCUCGAUUCCUGUAUGAACAGAUUAGAAAAGCUGCAAAUGCUUUCUUCCUCUUCAUUGCCUUACUGCAGCAAAUUCCAGAGGUUUCUCCAACUGGAAGAUAUACUACCUUGGUGCCAUUAUUAUUUAUUCUAACAGUUGCUGGCAUCAAAGAAAUCAUAGAAGAUUAUAAAAGACACAAGGCUGACAACACAGUGAACAAAAAGAAAACAAUAGUUUUAAGAAAUGGAACGUGGGAGGAUAUUAUGUGGAAAGAGGUGGCAGUGGCAGACUUUGCGAAGGUCACCAACGGGCAGCAUCUCCCAGCAGACAUGAUCAUUUUAUCGACCAGUGAACCUCAGGCAAUGUGCUAUAUUGAAACAUCUAAUCUUGAUGGAGAGACGAACCUUAAAAUACGACAGGGAUUGAUUCAGACUGCUAACCUCCAAUCAAAAGAAGACUUGAUGAAAAUAUCUGGGAAGAUAGAGUGUGAAGGACCUAAUAAUCACCUCUAUGAUUUCACUGGAAAUUUUCGCCUUGAAAAUCAAAGUCCAGUUCCAAUUGGACCUGAUCAGAUUUUACUAAGAGGUGCACAACUAAGGAACACUCAGUGGGUUUUAGGAAUAGUUGUCUAUACAGGACAUGACACAAAACUUAUGCAGAAUUCAACCAAAGCUCCACUGAAGAGAACAAAUGUAGAAAAAGUUACCAAUAUGCAGAUUCUCAUUUUGUUUUGCAUCCUUCUCGUCAUGGCUUUAGUGAGUUCUGUGGGUGCCUUACUGUGGAACAGAACACAUGGAGAAGUCAUUUGGUACUUUGAUUCCAAUGAAGUCCUAUCCACCAAUUUUGGAUAUAAUCUGCUCACCUUUAUAAUCUUGUACAACAACCUCAUUCCCAUCAGUCUACUGGUGACUCUGGAAGUUGUGAAGUUUACUCAGGCUCUUUUUAUAAAUUGGGACAUAGAUAUGUAUUAUACUGAAACUGAUACACCUGCAAUGGCCAGAACUUCAAAUCUUAAUGAGGAACUUGGCCAGGUUAAGUAUCUGUUCUCUGAUAAAACAGGCACCUUAACAUGCAAUAUUAUGAAUUUUAAGAAAUGUAGUAUUGCUGGAGUAACAUAUGGUCACUUCCCAGAACUGGCAAGAGAAUGUUCGUCAGAAGAUUUCAGCCAGCUUCCACCUCCUACUAGUGAAUCUUGUGAAUUUGAUGAUCCAAGGCUACUGCAGAACAUAGAGACUGAUCAUCCCACAGCUAUGCACAUCAAAGAAUUCCUCACUUUGCUGGCUGUGUGUCACACCGUCGUUCCAGAAAGACACGAAAACACAAUCAUCUACCAGGCCUCCUCUCCAGAUGAAGGAGCUUUAGUCAAAGGAGCAAAAAAACUUGGCUAUGUUUUCACUGGGAGGACACCACGUUCUGUUAUCAUUGAUGCGCUAGGAAAAGAAGAGACAUUUGAGAUCCUUAAUGUGUUGGAAUUUUCAAGUAAUCGAAAGAGAAUGUCUGUAAUCGUUCGGACUCCAGAAGGUCAUCUACGUUUGUAUUGUAAAGGAGCUGAUAAUGUCAUUUUUGAGAGAUUAUCCAAAGACUCACAAUACAUGGAUCAAACUCUAUGUCAUCUUGAAUAUUUUGCCACAGAAGGUUUGAGGACUUUGUGCAUUGCCUAUGCAGAUCUAUCAGAAAACUCUUACCAGGAAUGGCUGGAUGUAUAUAACGAAGCCAGCACGAAUUUGAAAGACAGAACUCAAAAGUUGGAAGAGUGUUAUGAGAUCAUUGAGAAGGAAUUGCUGCUUCUGGGUGCAACAGCAAUUGAGGAUCGCCUUCAAGCUGGGGUCCCGGAAACGAUAUCUACUCUAAUAAAAGCAGAGAUCAAGAUUUGGGUACUAACGGGGGACAAACAAGAAACUGCUCUCAAUAUAGGGUACUCCUGCAGGCUUGUUUCCCAGAGUAUGAGUCUCAUCCUCGUGAAUGAAGAUUCUUUGGAUGCAACAAGAGCUGCAUUAACACACCACUGUGAAAAUCUGGGAGACUCACUAGGCAAAGAAAAUGAUAUUGCUCUGAUUAUAGAUGGCCAGACUUUGAAGUAUGCCCUGUCCUUUGAAGUGAGGCAGUCCUUCUUGGACCUAGCAUUGUCCUGCAAGGCUGUCAUUUGUUGCAGGGUGUCUCCUCUGCAGAAGUCAGAAAUAGUAGACAUGGUAAAGAAACAUGUGAAUGCCAUCACUCUGGCCAUUGGGGAUGGUGCCAACGAUGUUGGAAUGAUCCAGACGGCUCAUGUUGGAGUGGGGAUCAGUGGCAAUGAAGGCAUGCAGGCAACCAACUCUUCUGAUUAUGCAAUAGCACAGUUUUCCUACUUGGAGAAGCUGUUACUUGUCCAUGGAGCCUGGAGUUACAAUCGAGUGACAAAAUGCAUACUGUAUUGUUUUUAUAAGAAUGUGGUUCUUUAUAUUAUUGAGCUUUGGUUUGCAUUUGUUAAUGGAUUCUCUGGACAGAUUUUAUUUGAGCGCUGGUGCAUUGGACUCUACAAUGUGAUUUUUACAGCAUUACCUCCCUUCACCUUGGGAAUCUUUGAACGAUCCUGCUCCCAAGACAACAUGCUUAGGUUUCCCCAGCUCUACAAAAUUACUCAAAAUGCUGAUGGGUUCAAUAGCAGGGUGUUCUGGGGUCAUUGCAUCAAUGCCUUGAUCCAUUCCGUCAUUCUUUUCUGGCUUCCCCUGAAAGCACUAGAACAUGAUACAGUAUUUACAAGUGGCCAGGCUGUUGACUACCUGUUUGUUGGAAAUAUUGUUUAUACGUAUGUUGUGGUAACAGUCUGUUUGAAAGCUGGCUUAGAAACCACAGCAUGGACAAAGUUCAGUCACUUGGCUGUCUGGGGAAGCAUGCUGCUCUGGCUCGUCUUCUUUGGCGUCUACUCUACUAUCUGGCCUGUCAUUCCUAUAGCCCCAGACAUGCUUGGACAGGCAGGAAUGGUAUUGAGAUGCGGACACUUCUGGAUUGGUUUACUGCUAGUGCCCACAGCGUGCCUUGUUAAAGAUGUGGCAUGGAGAGCGGCCAAGCAUACUUACCGUAAAACUUUGCUGGAGCAGGUUCAAGAGCUGGAAGCUAAAUCCAAAGAGCUGAGGAAGUCUAUGCUGCGUGAUAGCAAUGGAAAGAGCAUGAAUGAACGUGACCAUUUGUUAAAAAGGCUGGGCAGAAAGACCCCUCCAUGCCUCUUCCGUGCUCAUUCCGUCCAGCAAGGAGUGUCACAUGGUUACGCUUUUUCACAGGAGGAGCACGGGGUUGUUUCACAGUCUCAAGUUGUUCGAUCCUACGACACUACAAAGCAGAGAGCCGGAGUGGAAUAA